AUAAAAUAUUAGCUACACACUGCCGUUUAAGGCAGAGAGUGGUACGAAGCCAAUUACCAAAAAUCCAAAACCCAGACACAGGACACACCUUCCGCCGCUGGCCGCUCUUUUCUCCUCGCUUCUGCCGCUUCCGUUUCACUAAAAUCUGGUGGUAAUUAAAUUCGCCAUAACUUCAAAAUCAGAAGUUCGAGAUGGGCAGUUCAAGCAGAGACCUUUUGCAUUUGGAGCAGAAGAAUCUCUCCACAACAUCUCCUCUUGAAUCCACACUUCUUGUUUGUAAAAAGGAUUCAGUUUCUAGUGCCAAGAAACCUCCACCUAAUGGAAAGCCCACGACUAUUCCAGUUCCCGAAAGCCAAGUUAUGGGAAAAGUGAAAGAUUUCCUAGGAGUCAUAUCUGAAGCCAAUAAACGGUUGCAGCAAGAUGCCAAGGAAAAUUCACAAAAUUAUGAUAUCGAAGUGCUUGAUGGAACUGAAUCUGAAGUCAUUGAAAUGGAUUUAAUGCUGGGUAUUGCUGAUCUUCAUACCCCUGAAGCAAUAGCUGCUGCUGAAUCUGCAAUAAGUGGUGGUCAAGCUUUGGACUCUGACAGCAGUGAAACAGGAUCAGACAAUACAAGUGAUGAAGAUGGAAAUGAUGAAACAAGCAGUGAUGAUGAUAUUGACGAAAAGACAUGCUCUUCCCCAAAACGUAAAACAUCCAAGUCUGGCGAAGAUCGUUCAGGCCAAACAGUUGGAAAUAAUGGGUCCAAAAAGCGGCCAAAAAUUGUAGAGAUGAGUUGAAGCUUAAUUUUAUCAGUGAAAAGCUUGGCUCCAACAAGUCUACUGAAUUUUAUCGGUGAAAAGCUUGGCACCAACAAUUCUAUGGUAAUUAGAUAAUUGUUAUUUAGGUGUUUUAUUCUUUUGUUUUCAACAUGUCCUGAGCUUCAGCUUGCCAUUCCUCCCUCCGGAUCUUUCUUUAACCUUCAAACUGAUAUUUUUUUACCCUGUGUUAAACAUGUGAUAGUUUGUUGAUGAGUGAUAUCUGAAGUUUAAGCAAAAAGCUGUUAUAGUAUCGCUAUUGUUGUCUAUUACAUGUACUUUUUUUUUUAUCAUUUUAAAUUGAUAAUUUUUGUUGGAGAGAA